AUGGCGGCUCUAGAGAGUGCCGGUGGUGCGCAUGGGAAUGGUUUGUCGCUUACGAAUGCGUUCAACAGCACACUCAGUAAUGUGUUUGCAUUACAAGACCAUGCACCCAACUUCUGGGGUUUGGAAAUCGAUACUACGAAGAACGAUACACUAUUCAAAAGGCCACCCAACGGCACAGACGCAUUCCUAACCAGUUGUGCAUUCAACACGGGGGUUUUCAUCCUGGGUGCGCUGGCCUUCUGCUGCAUCAGACAGAAGUUUCCAGAUAUCUACCAACCACGCUGUACCAAACAAGUGCCACUGCAGCAACGCCCCCAGGCCCCGCCCAAGGGAUGGUUUAGAUGGAUACAAACUGUGUACUACAUAACAGAGGAAGACAUCUACCAGUCGGCUGGAUUGGAUGCGGUCAUGUUCCUGCGUAUCAUAUGGCUCGGUAUGGCGAUAUUCGGUACCUUCACAGUGUACGGCGUGCUUGUGCUGAUUCCCAUGAAUGCGUGGGGUUCAGGUGAAGGCGAAGGCAUUGAGAAGUUGAGCAUGUCGAACAUCUCAGCCGACAUUGACCGGAAAAUUGUCUACUUUCAUGCGCUGGGGAUCUAUCUGUUUUCCUUCUGUGUGUUCUGGUACUGUCAGAAGACAUACGUGUGGUACAUCCAAAUGCGCCAGAGGUUUCUCAGAGGCACUCAGCCUAAUCUCUACAGUGUAAUGGUGCGCAAUCUACCGAAGCACCUGCAAUCAAGCACAGCCCUGGCAAACGAAAUGGAAGACAUCUUUCCAGG